AUUUAGUAGCCGAAGCAUGCAUCAAAUAUGGCCGACCAAGAAAAUGACGAAGAUAUUUGGGACUCGUGGGAAGAUAUGGCUGAAUCUGGGGUGAGAAAAACACAAAUAAGCUUUAAAUAAUUGCCGCUUAAACUUUAAUACAUGCUCCUUUACAUGUGACCCUUUUCUUUUCAUAAAAUAGGGCUGUUUCGCGUGCACAUUUAUGUUUCUUUUUGAACGAUUUGCAGGUUAAAUUGCAGUAGGCAUACUGUGCUUUUGUAUUGUAUUGUGUUGAGCGUUGUUUCGUGAUUUUCAUAGGAACUGGAAAGGCGAAUGGAAGAAAGGGAACGAGAACACAUGAAAUUAAGAGAUGAAAUCGAUAAAAAGUAAUAGUUUUAUUAUUAUGGUUUGUGAUAAAUAUUGAUCAUUUUAUAAAUUUAAUAUGACCUACGUUUUAUAUAUGUGCAGACAGUUAUAAAUAUAUGAUUGGCAUAAAGCUUCUGCCGUUUAUAGCCUCGUGGAUACGGUUGUGUAGUCUUUUCUAAGUAAAGUAAUUUUUUCACAAGACCUCUCUCUAAUUAAUUGAUAUAUACAUUUUGUAAACAACACAUUGAACAGCAGAUUUAUGGUAGCUUCAUAUUACUUCGGUAAUAUGUGCAAUAUUACUUCAUCAAUAUGUCAUAUGUGCAGUUUAACCACAGUGGAAAGUUGGGCACUUUAACGGGAGAUCUCCCGCGGCAGGCAUAGGUCAAAAACUGCUGAUGCGGCAAAAUCUUGCGGCAGAAAAACUGUAAAAUUGAUAUUGCGGCAGAAUUCUGCGGCAGAAAUAGUUUAGAAAUUCACCAAGAAUGGGGUAAACUAUCAAAUUGGCAGCUUUAAAGUUUAACAAACACUUAUAUUAUUAUAAAAUAUUAAGUUAUUAACAAAAAGAUAUUUAAAAAAGGUUUAAACACAAUAAAAAAUCUAAACUGACACUAACUAAAAAUAGUAAAAAACAUAAACCGCCAUUUUGAAUACUGAAUUAUCACAAUUUAUCCCCAAUUGUCCCCAUUACCGGUUUAUCUCAAAUCCGGCCGGAAUUCCGGCCGGAAUUUUGUUCCAAAUCCGGUAAAUCCGGUUCCGGCCGGAUUUGAAAAUUCCAAAUCCGGUGCACCCCUAAUGUUUACUGUUUAGUGGUCAGCAGUAUUGCGUGUAGUUGUUUGAUUUUUUACCUGCGGCAGCAUAUUAUCGGCAUUGCGGCAGGAUAGAAUGCAUGGUCUUGUCAACUGCGGCAGCCAAAGCGUACUUUCCACUAUGGCAGUUUAAUACAUAAGCCCUGGGCUUAUAUUCUUUCGUAAGUGAUUUUUGAUGGGCUUAUAUAAGGGGAGGGGGGGGGGGGGCUUAUACAUGGAUGAUCUUAUGCAUUAGUGUAAUAGUGAUAAACAAGUACAGUAAUAGUGAUAAACAAGUUAAGUGUUAAGCAUAGUAAUAAAUAAAUAGUGAUUAAUUAAUAGUGGUAAUAGUGAUAAACAAUCCAGGGUGCAUUUUAAGUGGCCUACGCCGAAGAUCUUCAGCGUGAGUUUGGCAAAUUACAAUAGUAUCUAUAGUUAAUAUUGGCAUAUCUUCAGCGUAGACUUUACACGGAAUGCACCCUGGUAAACAAUAGUGAUAAACAAGUGGGCUUAUAUUCGGGUGGGCUUAUAUUUGGGGGGGGGCUUAUAUUUGGAAUGAGGUGUUCGUUAGUACAUGUGGUCGGCUUAUACACAGGGGGCUUAUAUUCAGGGGGGUAGGGUGAUGCGGUUAUUCGGUUAACCGGGAUGAAUCGGUUAUUUUUACAGAUCGGUUUCACAAGUCUUCUAAAUAUCAGAUAACCGACUAACCGAAAAACCGAUUCAAAAUAUAAAAUUCAAAAUAAAAAGACAAACAAGCGUGAUAUACUCUUUGGUGAUUACACGAUUUAAAUCAAUGCUAGAAGCCUAGAAAAGCGCUGCGACUCAAAUGGCAGAUUAAAAGCGGAUCAAAACAAGCUUAAAGCUUCCGGUUUGAUUAGCUAAGAGAAAGGCGGACGUCUGCAAAGACGUCACGUGGAUAACACACAAUACAUGUUGUUUAUUUUUGUCAAAAUAAUUUCAUUGAUUAAAAGAGUCGGUUAUCCCGGUUAUUUUGUGACGAUUCUCGGUUUCGGUUAUUUUACGAAACCGCAUCACCCUAGGGGGGGGGGGGGCUUAUAGUCAGAGGUUUACAGUAGUUUUGGUUUGUAUAAUACUUUAUGAUAAUAAACUACCUCAUAUGGUAUACAGCCGAACCCUGGAAGUUCCACACUAUAACCAGCCAUCUGUUGACAUAUUUACCUUUGAUCACUACUGUAUUAUGUAACUAAAUUAGUUGGGUUUACCCCCUUCUGUGUUCACCAUUGCAAACCCUUAUUAAUUAAGCAGACACAGCCCCUUUUAAAGGGACACACUGGUGGGGUCCCGAAGCUAUCCACUUAAUAGGGGUUUGACUGCAUUUUAUACUGUAGAUAUCAUAUAGUGGAAAGUAUGUGUGUUCUUCCGCAGAAUAUUUCCACAAGUCUACCACGGACAUUUCUGCAAAACCUCUGACCAUGUCGAAGGUUUCUGUGGUCACAAUCUUAGAGGUUUAACCUACAGUACCGGUAUUUAAAACGUUUUUUCCACUCAAAAUUUAUAUUUAUAGGAAUUAACUGGUUAUAAAAUCUGCAACCUAAAAGCUCUAAACUAGUGCUGUUAUUGUAUUCUUAAGUUGACUUGCUGAUACUUUUUUGGACAUAUUCUUUGGCGAUCUUUGGCUUUUCCCCAAUACAAUUUUUCCAUUGCUCCUUACAUUAACCAAUUCAUAUUUGCUGAGUGAUUUACAGACCAGGAUGCAUUCUGUGUAAACUCUAUGCUGGACAUAUGCUAACAUUUAUCAUUGAUCAUGGACAGGUUGUUCAAAGCACGAUUAACGCUAAGCAUGGGUUAAAUUUAACCCAUUACUUUGGUUUAUGUACAUCUGUACGUCUGUUUAUUUCAAAACUUUAGAAAUUCAAAUGUCUGAUGAUCCAGACAAGAUUUUGAAAAAAUAUAGUACUGUAAAACUACAUAUUUUUGAAGGUAUGCUGUAAAUAUAUACAGUGGGGGUCAAAAGUCUGAGUCCAGUCAAUAUGAUUUUGCCUUUUAUUGUUAUACAAUAUAUUUUUACACAAAACAUGACUAUAUGUGCAUCAAAUUAGGAUUUACAUCAACGUUGGAGUAAGGAAUUUUGUAUGUACCAGAGAAUACCACACAAAUUUACAUGUUCCAUAUCUUUUGUCAAAUGCAUAGCCUGUUAAAUAUUUUUUUAGUAAUAGUUUUAUUUUUUUCUUCCUGUGUAACCUAUUGAGAAUUUAUGGGAACAUUUGAAAUGAGAGAAAGUGAAACAUAAUCCCACAAGUAAAGACAACCAACCUAUGGGAUGUCGUUAUAUCACAGGUUAUAUAUAGUCAAUAAUGCUGGAAUAACCUUAAACCAUCAAUCAUGGGCGUCAAUCCUAGGGAGAUGGGGGGGGGGGAUGCAUCCCCCAGUUUUUGGAAUGGGGGGGGGACGAAUAUCUAAUUAUCCCCCCACUUUUUAACAUGUCUAAUGAAAUUUUGUUUCUUGGGAAUCUGGAAACCUAAUCCCUGGAAUGCUAUUCGUUCAGACUUGUGGUGGAAAGGAAGACAUUUAAUAAGGUGAAGUACAAUAUAUGACCUUUCUGUAGUUGCUGGGAGCAAAUACUGACAUGUAUCGCAAAUGUUAUGUGAAUACUAAAAAAUAUUCAAAUUGAAUUCAAAUUUGUACAUGUGUUGUAAUUUUAUAAACAUUUACAUAAAGGCACAAUUUGUCAUAUUCACUUCCUGCUCUAACUGGCAAGCUGCACUGAAUGAGAAAAUAAUUUGUUAUAUGCUUGUUUUUGUUUUUUAUUAUUAUGCCUGUAAAAAGUAUUUAGAAGUUAUUUACAUUUUAUUUUUCUAUUUUGGAUAGGCUAGAGGCCUUCUAGAAACCUAAUAAGCUUUUUAAUUAAGACCCCUUACAUUAUUUCGUUCUUUUAUUUAGUCGAUAACUCCUAUGGGUUCAGACCAUGGGGGCCCACAACCCCAAUGAGCUGAACAGGGGCCCCCAUGCAGGCUCAGGCUGUAGAGCAAAAAUAUUGGCCAAAGAGUCCUCUGAUAUGUUACAAUGUCAUUUUCUGACCAUCAGAAUUCUGUAAAAUCUCUCACGCCAAAGUCCAGGAAAUGGCAUUUCGGAGACUCUAGAUUAAAAAAUUUUCCGGGUGAGCCUGCACAUACGGCGCUUAACUCGUGCCUUUGGCACUUCUACUAGGGGGGCCUUCGAAAAUUUUGAACCGGGGGCCCCUAAUAUAACGUUAUGCAACUGAGUCAGUUCGAAUUAUUAUCUUGAACAAGGAUAAAAGUAUAUAUACUAUAUAUGUAUAUUUACAGUAAAGAAGGUGAUAAUGUAUUUUAAACUAUUAUAUAUCAAUUAUUGAGCUAAUGAGUAAUGGACAUAAUCGUAAUUUACUACUUUAACGACUAAAUUAAGAUUCAGACUAGAUGGUUUUAUUUUACCAUUUUCAAAAGUUCAAAUAUAGUAAAAUAUUAAGUCUAAAAUACAAAUGAACAGUAACUCCGAAUAACAUUUUGUUUUGAUUUAUUGAUUCAAUAAAUCAAAACAAAAUGUUAUUCGGAGUUACUGUUCUUUUGUAUUUUAUAAAAAUACUGAGUGGUUCCCGUAAUUAUUAAGUCUAAACAUUUCAUUUUUGUAGUUUCUCGCCUGACUCCAAUUAACAACUUUAAUGUGCUUUAUCACACUUACACAACCUUGUUUUUAGCGGAUUUCACACAUGGUUAAAAAUGGAUUUAAGAUCAUGCACAUUGUACUAUUACUUUACAAGUGCCUCCAAAACGGAAAUGCCAUUUCAGUGUACCAAUAUUAAAAACAUUUCGGGUAGCAUACCUCCGGACCUUCCUAAUUUGGAGUCCGUCCCCUCACUUUUUGGGAUGGAUUGACGCCCUUGCCAUCAGUACUAAGAAAACUUGUUGAAUCUAUGCCAGGAAGAGUUGAAGCUGUUUUAAAAUCAAAAGAAGGUCACAGUCGCCACACAAAAUAUUAAAAUAGUUCACUUGGCUAUAAUAUAGCAUAAUCAAUUCCAACGUUGAUGUAAAUCCUUAUUCGAUGCACAUUCGAUGUAAAUCCUUAUUCGAUGCAUUUGUGUAAAAAUACAUUGUAUAUCAAGAAAAGGCAAAAUCAUAUUGACUGGUCGACUCAGACUUUUGACCCUCACUGUGUACAUUACAAUGAACUUUUAAGGUGCGUAAACCAAGGUACGUUAAUCACUAAUGUUUUAAAGUAAUCUCACACCAAUACGCCAACAAAUUUCGUAACCUCGCACAAAAAAUCUCCAGUGCAGAGAACAUGGAAUGCAGUCUGGUUAUGGAGAUCUAAAUUGUAGGUUGCUUUACCCUAACCAAAACUCCAAAAACUAAACCACUAACCUGCAAAUUCAACAGGCAAUUUAUACCCCCUGGUUGGUGGUUGAGUUUUGAGUUUUGGUAAGGAUAAAGACCCCAGUUUAGGCCGGUUAGGGUUUGAUGUUGGUUAGGUUUGACUUCAUUGCUUUAAAGCAGCAUAAGAAUAGCCAAAAUGACCUGAUUAACCUGCACCAAAUUGUAAAUUUGAUCAUUUCUUGUAUAAAUUGUGAUAAACUUCCUGUUGCAUGAACCGAGCACCAUUGGUUUUGGUGCAAUGGACCAUUUGCAUUAUAGACUAAAUUUUGAUCUAGACAAAAAUUUCAUCACAGCUUGAAAGAGCAUCACAAAAUUAGUAAUAUUCCAAAGUUUCGUUGCGAAAUGUUGUAAAAUGCGGAUAAUAUAGCCCUGCGAAGUUUGCAAUUUUCAGUCAUUUUGUAUUACAAACGGGAAAUUGAUGCGCCAACACCCGAUUGGGCUGUCAAUUUCCCGUGCGUAAUACAAAAUGACUGACAAACGGCAAACUUCGCAAGGCUAUAUUAUCCGCAUUUUACAACAUUUCGCAACGAAACUUUGGAACAUUACUAAUUUUGUGAUGCUCUUUCAAGCUGUGAUGACAUUUUUGUCUAGAUCAAAAUUUAGUCUAUAAUGCAAAUGGUCCAUUGUCCAAUCAUAAGGAGGCAGGAGGUCAUGCAGUGCUGGAAAAUGUGUGGCAACACCAGCAUGGUACCACUGGCAGGAAAUUUUAAACAAAAUAUCUUCGCAGGAAAUCUUGCACGAAGUUCUUGACAUCUGAAUAUAUACUGUGAUGUCAUAUAAUACAUCUGAAAUCUACAUAUUAAGCAGGACGUUUUAUAUUUGACUUACACAGGAAUUUUUAUAUUUGGAUUUUGCUGCCAGGAAGAGAAAUGUUGCUUGUGAUGUUACUCUGAGUGUGAAUCCACACCGGGCAAGCUUGGAAAAUAUGCCUACUAGAAAUACAUGCAUGCAGCAAACCCUCGCCUAUAUUUUCCAAACAUUGUUUCAACAUGAAGUAUUCGUAAUUACGCCAACACUGAACGCAGGCUCGCGUUGCCACGUCAUGUUAGUCAUGGCAACACGAUAAUACACGCUUCCGGAAAGUACGUCACUUUGGCUAUAGAGCCUCGUUUUCGUGAUUGAGACGCGGCCUUUAACUGAUGUCAGAUGUGACCAAAAAGGCAGAAACAUACAAAUACUCAAAGGCCCUGUUUACACUAUACCGGAUUCGCUGGUCACGACAUCUUUUGCCGUUACGGAGCAAUGGUUAGUAGCCAUACCUACAAAGUCGAUACCUACAAAAUUUGACCCACUCCGAUAGCAAUCCGGUGUAGUGAAAACGGGGCCAAAGUUGCAGAUAAUUCAAACGUUUCAAAUGAAUUGGUUCAUGUGUGCAACUGAAUUGGUAGUCGAGUAUUUUAGGAAUACUUCCAUUGCCACGGCUGUAUAUAAUGUAUAAUAUUUGUUUCUUUAAGAUUAUUUGAUCCAGGUGUUCGGGUACUUGUAGAUACAGAUUCAAAUAGAACAAAAUAUAAUCCUCAGGUAUUGUAUUCUUGAACUUGCAUUGAUAUAAAUCAGUAAUAAUAAUUGUGGCUGCCAAAUUUGACUGGUCAUCAUGCACGAGACCCCGCACUCCUUGGGGGGGGGGGGGGAUGUCCCAAGGGGACAUGUCCUAAGGGGAUUCCCCUUAUUACGUUUUCGUAUAGCGCUUUGCAUUGUGGUUAUAGUGGUAUCACUGAUAAAGAUAGCGUCCUCGAAUGAAAAUAUUUAAUGUUUUCGGAAUAUAUUGCUGUUGGCUAUCGCGCACCUGGCUGACCCUAGCUUUUUUUAAAAGUUCUUGCACGGGUCAGGACAAAAAAUAAGCCAUCUUGAAUAUCAGUGAUACCACUAUAACCACAAUGCAAAGCGCUACGAAAACGUAAUAAUGGAAUCGCGAAUUCCAGCAUUCUGAGAAAACAUUUAUGAAAGACUUUUACUUUUCUUAUUAUUAGCAUGACAAAAUUACUGGAUGCCGAUUGGUUAAGAGGAGUACAAUUAUUUCAUUAAUUGUACUGCAGUACAAUUAAUGAUUUUCCCAAAACAAACAAAAUGGCGGAAAGGUAUUUUGAACAUAAAUGUGAAAUGAAAUUGCCCUUGAGGAACUAGAUGAAAAUAUGAACAAAAGCAUGAAAGUACGAACAAAAGUACCAAAUUUUGGUUGAAAGUCUUGCAGGACUGGGCUUUGGCGAGAGAAUAUGAUGUUGACGGAGAAGUAUCCAAUUUUGUCAUCUGCUAAUAAUAAACAAGUAAUCAUGCGGUGUUGCUCGUACAAUAGAUUAAUAGUACUCGUGAUGUUUGGAAAUUUGCCAUAUUGGACUCGCUCCGGCGGCUCGUCCAAUUUUGGCAAAUUUCCAAACAUCACUCGUACUAUUAAUCCCUAAUUGUACUCGCCAUCGCAUGAUUACCUUAGUUUACCUAUACUUAUUUUAAUGGACCAGCGCAGUAUGGGAAAGAGCAUAUGUUUAGCAGACACAAGGCAUAUGUACAAAUACAAUAUGAUGAAAUGUUCUUGAGCGAAUGCGUUCAAACUGCGCAAGCAUAAAAUUCUGCAUGCCCUGGCUGGGUUUCCAACCCCGCAACCUAGCUAUGAAAUGCUAUUGUAUGUAGCUCGACACUCUUCCAACUGUUCGACAUGGUCAGGUUCGAUAGAGGACUAGAAAUUAUGAGCUUCAUACUAAUUAUUGUAAACAUUGACAGAGGAAGGGUCCUGGUUCAGUACUACUGAUCGUACUGGACCAGGAACUGGCCGAGUUGGUACGCCAUGCAAGUUAUCACUUCGUUGAUCACCACGUUGAUCGAUCGUUUUAGAACUCAAACCUUUGCAUUGUUUCAAACCCUUAAGUUAAUGUUGGUUCGGCGAGGCAUUUUUUAAAUAUGUUAAAAUAAUCUUAGUAUAUACAUGCAAAUUACGUGUACUUUGAUGUAAUAAUAGUGCAUUUUCCCGCGUAUUACUAUGGGCGAACAAUUAAUGAUUUUAAAUAUAUUCACAACUGUCUUUGACAGUGUAGGUACUGCCAAUAGAAUGAACAAGCUUUCGUUGGUAGGGAUACAACUACCUGAAAAUAUAUAAGGAUAAUUUCAAAUUCUAUUCACUUCCAUAUUGUUAUAUUUUCAGGUCAGGAUAUUGAGAAGAGAUCCCAAUGAUCCAGCCACGGGGAGCGGUAAUAAUGAGAGUGAUACAAGUAUAAAAGUCCACAAAACCUUAGCUCAACGAGAAAAAGAAUAUGCCGACGCACGGUAGGUACAAGUGUGAAAGGUAUAUGUAGUAUGCGGAUGCAGAGCCAUCUCAUCUAAGUGCCUGUUUAUAUGGUCCUGCCAAGGCGGGAUAGCACUAUUUUAAUUUUGGGAUAGGUAAUAGGACCUCUACAUGCGUCUUGGACCUGUGGUGUACUUAAAAUCAUUAUUUAUCUAAUGGAUUACUGUUAUUUUCAACGGGGUCUUGAAAGUAGACCAUGCCGUGAAACAUUGUAUAAAAGGUGCACGCGUUGUUUUGUGUCUCUUUUUGUCAUUCCAUUGUAGAAAUAUCGUGAUUGAAGUUAGCAUGUGCUGUAUGUAAAGUUAUUACUUGGUAAUUGAUAGGUGUAAUUUGAUGAUGCACAUGAAUUUAUCGAUAUCACAGGGUCGGAUUUGACCAUACUGCGAUGUUGUAAAUUAGGAAUUGGUAACAUGACUUGUGAUUGUGCGCUAUGUAAUUUUCCUGUAUCUCAUUUCAGUAAAAGGUUUUCUUAAAUAUAUCUUCACAGGGUCUGGAAAGUAGACCAUGCAGUGAGAUAUUGUAAGCUUAAUCCUUGUUGUUAACUGUGUAUUCCAUAAUCUGUCCGUCACAUGUGGUUAAGUCUAUGUGAGGAUUGUAGGUUUAUCCCUUAGUAUUGAAGUAUGGAUGCAGUUAGAUUAUGUACAUACUCACAGGGUCUUGAAAGCAAACCAUGGCGUGAGAUAUGCAUGUCAUGAGUCCUAUGGUUUGUGUCAUGUAUCUAACUAUUGAUAGGUAGAAUAAGUAGUUGUUGUACAAUCUACAAAAAUACGGUUUGUAGAAUCUGGCAGAACAUUUAAUUAUGCCACAAGGGUAAACUUUAUUUAAAAUUGGUGUCUUAGACUAAUCAUCCCAGAUGUUUUGUAAAAUGGCGCCCAGGGUCUGGCAAACAUUUUUAUGACUGCACAGUAUGGCAGUCAUUACGUAGUAUGUACCAUAUAGGUUAAUACCUUUAAGUAAUAUAUAUAAUAUAUAAUAGGGACUGAUUGCCCAAAGCAGUCCGAAGCAGUCCGAGCCAGUUCCGCGCUUCAACGCGGUGCGAAUAGGUGACACAUUCGGUCAAUACCACCAAAAAUGACUGUAAAGAAAGGCGAACAUGGGUCGAACGGCAUGCGGAACGGCCCCGGACAAACUAUCCCAUUGGUUCCACAAAAUUACAUUAAGGAGAUAAGUGGAUGGUAUUGGAGAGAUGUUGUGAUUUUUAAUGAAACAUUGAAUAAUGAUGUGAUUGUGUAUUGGGGCUAUAGCAAACUUCACAGAGUCUCGGGUUGACCAUGCUUGUGAAGUAUGUUAGCGGAUGGUAUAUCAUAUGGAAGAUACAGUAUAUAUAGUUGUGUUAAUUGUACUUUUUCAUUUGUUUGGCCCUCCUACACACUCAAAAAUGCACAAGUUGUAACAAACCUGCAGCAGACUUGUAGCAAUGCUGUUCCAACAACUUGUCAGCAGGAUGUGUUCGCACUGCUUGUUCCCAGCUUGUUGACAAGUUGUCAACGGCUUGUUGACAACUUGUUACAAGGUUUUUGAGUUCAACAGACUUGUUACAAGUUGUGAGUGACAAGCUUGUAGCAGCUUGAUAAAAUAACAGCAUUGUUACAACUUGUUGACAAGCUUGCUACAAGCCUGUUGCGAACACAACUUGUUGACAAGUUGUGAGAUUUUUACCUGUGUAGCCGGGAAACUUGCCUAGGCAGGAUAGCGUGUUUAUCUGGCCAAAACCAGGGCGCUUAUUUAUAGGACGGUGCAAUCGCUGAUCGAUGUGUAAUGCAGAAAGGGACUGGCACGAGCACGCUUUUCGGCAAAAGUCAACCUCGUACCCAGGGCUUCUAAGGGCAGAAGCCCUGGGUACGAGAUUGGGCAGCGUGAUUUCUCCUGCUGUUGUAUUUUCGCUGUUUUUCAUUAACUACGAAAUUCUUGAGGAUGUUUUUGCACUGCAACAACGAAGUAGUAACUAUUAUAUCGUAUGAAUGCUUGUUUGGCCUAUAUGUCUGCCGAAAUUGGAAAAGGUCUUUCAUUUUUUUUUAAAUCGUAAAAUUGCUUUAAAGUGCAAUGCUUAUAUUCUCGCCUGAUUAGUCUUACAAGUGUUGCAUCAUUUUGUAGCGUUGCUACCUUUUCAGGAGACCUUUGAUUGGACUUUAAAAUAAGUAUUGAGGAUAAUGACUCGUGUUUUUGAUGACUUCAGUGAAGGGAAAUUUUCAAAACAGCCUCUGGGGCACCUGUUCCAGCAACUAUAGGGUUCGGGUGAUUUUGGCCUCCGCCUCUGUCUCCACAAAAGUGGUCUUUACAAAAUGGAAAUAUCCCACUGAUCUAUAUACAAAACACUAAAUGGAUGCUUGAAGCGUUCAAACUUUCCCUAUUUUUAUUACGUUCAAAUCUUUGGAACUGCAUAAAGUACUGUAUAUGUCGAGUUGUUUGCCUAAUCAAACUUUUUUCUUUGGUUGCUAUUUGAAAGAAAUUGAUCAAGAAUUCACUUUCAAGGAGCGAAGUCGCUUCGACUAGUUUGUCGAACCAUUGUAAUAUUAUGUCGGCCGCUUGAAAUUCUUAAGGGUGCGUUGUUUGCUUUGAAAUAUGGACAACGUUUAUUUACAGCAUUAAAAGUCACCAUCAAAGGUAUCAAUACUGUGAAUUUCGAAUUAUUAAGAGCUCAAAGCUCUCUUCUACAAUACUCAAUAGUCAUCCCCAUUCGUUUACAAUAUUUUGAAAUAGUUGCUUAAUUAAAGUCAGUACUAGUUAAUAAGGUGGUUAACAGAGGCGCCUUUAGUAAGCCUUCGACUGAUCAGGUUGAGCUGCGUCCUUCGCAAUUCAGCUUAGCUCUCAGCUGCAAGUAAGGAUGAUUAGCACACCCCAUUUACUUACUUACAUACUUCCUUGAAUUUCUCGUUCCGCCUAACGGGAUCGGCAACAGAUAGCGGGAUCCCAACUGAGCGGGAUCAUAUAAACACUCAAGAGAGUUACGAACAAUAUCUUGGAAACUGACCUGUCCAGGGCUUUCAGAAUCGUUUCAAGUAAUCGGUUGUGGGGAGAGUGUAGGCGAUUGUCCGUAAUGAACACCCCAGUUACACGAUACCGGAUUCGCUUGUCACGACAUCGAAUAGACCUUUCCCCUUUUGAGUGAAAUUUUGAUCUAGACAAGUCUGGACAAAAAUUUCAUCACAGCUUGAAAGAGCAUCACCAAAUUAGUAACAUUCCGAAGUUUCGUUGCGAAAUGUUGUAAAAUGCGGAUAAUAUAGCCUUGCGAAGUUUGCCGUUUUUCAGUCAUUUUGUAUUACAAAUGGGAAAUUGAUAAUCAGUUUGAUCAUCUGAUUAUCAAUUUCCCAUGCGUAAUACAAAAUGACUGAAAAACGGCAAACUUCGCAAGGCUAUAUUAUCCGUAUUUUACAACAUUUCGCAACGAAACUUCGGAAUAUUACUAAUUUUGUGAUGCUCUUUCAAGCUGUGAUGAAAUUUUUGUCCAGGCAUAUCUAGAUCAAAAUUUCACUCAUAAGGGGAAAGGUCGACUAUUUAACGGUGUCAGGGUUAUCUGAAGCCUGGCGACACGAUGCGAUUUUAGUCGGCCGAUAAAAAUCGUUUGACAUACGGAUAUACAUCGGUAUACUCCGCACACGAUUACGAAAAAAAUAUGCUCCCUGAACUGUAGCCGCCAUGUUGCCAAAUAAAUACAAGCACGUGAUCACAGCAUGAUAUCUGAUUGGUUAUACUUAAAAUUCCACCGAUAAAAAUCGUAUAAUAUCAAAACGUUUUGAUGUUGUCCGAUUAAAAUCGAGCACCAAAAUCGGUUAAAAAUGACACCGCACACACAACGAUUUUGUUAGUUUUAGGCCCCGUUUACACUAUACCGGAUUGCAUCGGAGCGUAGCGAUUUUCAUAUCGGAUUCGGCUGCUGUUUACACUACGCCACAGUAAUCCGGUACGCGACGCGGAGCAAAAAUCACUCCGCUUUGGAGGUGAUAUGAAAAGUAAUCCGGUAUGUGCCGGAGCAGUGUAACAGGCCAAUCCGGUACGCUUCGGUACAAAAUCGGUUUUGGCGUGUAUGUUUUAACAUUGUCGCCUUUAUUUGCUCGCUUUUACAAUACUUUAUAGCUGUUGUUUGUUUCGCCUUACAAUCAUUUACUAUUUCUGCCGAAGACAAACAAAGAAAAUGAUAAUAACAUUGACUUUUGGCUUUUGAAAGAGCAAAAUUUAAAUAAAUACUCUUCAAUUUUGGAUCAGAGCGAAACGAAGCAACGUCUGGUGGUCAAGCUUUUUAAACAAAGUUAUACUUUACAAAGAAAACGUGUGUUACUUCUUGUUUUUAAUAAAUUUUGAUAUAUUGGUUACUUGUUUCCAUGACGACAGUGAAAGACAUGAGCUGGCAACAGAGCGAAACGGCAUAGUGUAAACACCCUUGUUUUUUUACUUCGGAGUAAAAAUUAAUCCGGUAUGAAAAGUAAUCCGGUUUAGUGUAAACGGGGCCUUAGUCAAACGAUUUUUAUCGGCCGACUAAAAUCGCAUCGUGUGCGCCAGGCUUUAGCACUUAAAAUUGUGAUAAUAUGACAAAAUAAAUGUAUAUCAGAUAAAGAUCGGCUUUAACUAGCACUUAAAAACUGAAAAUUCGCGUUGCGUUGUUGAAUCGCGUUCAGUCUGUAUGGGCCUUUAAGGUACAUGUAUGACACUGAAAAACAGGCAGUAUUGGUAGUGAAUGCGGUUUAGAAAAGAGUAAAAUAUAAGUACAAAAAUGACUCCUUUGUUUCAUUUGUAAAUGUUUUUCGAAUUUUCCAAUCCUUUUCAUUGUAAAAGAUGCGACACGGGUUUAGCCAUGCAUAUACUUUAUAUUUUAAAGCAAGUAAUCGCGGUGAUAUACCUUGCGCCACCCGCCGCGACCGCGUACUAUUUUUGAAAGCCCUGCCGUCACGGUUAGCCAGGAUCAUAUAAACAGGCCCUGAAAAGUAGUCGCAGGAAAAUAUUGAAUGAAAUAACAUAUACACUCAAGUGGAAUGAUUAAUGAAAAAAGCGGGAUGAUUAAUUUUGGCAGAGCAAACUGGCCAUGCUCACAAUUUUCUUGCGAGGCACAUGCUUUCCGGAAGGGUGUAUUCUUGUAAAUAUGCAAAUGUAUCAUAAAUGUUCACGCCUUGCCAAUCCCACAAGGCGAUUUAUAAUACAUUUCCCCCUAUAAAAUAUCUCAUUCCCAUUAUACUCUUCGCGCUUGGAUAAUUGAAAUGGCUGUAUUCCUUGCAGCAACUGUUGCACAAAGUCAAUUAAAAAAAUAGGUACGCUGUAGCGUACAUGGCGUCUACUGGAUCAAAAACAAAGAAUGUCAAUGACGUCCGGUUUAUAUUUAACAAAUAUAAAACAUUUUCCGUGUUGAUAUACAGUUAUAUCAACAUGAGUGGAAUUGGGAAAACGAGAAAUUGUAUGGAAACACCGCCGUCGACGCCCGAGGAGCGGAGUGUUUUCAUACAAUUUCGAUAUAACUAUAUAUCAAUGACGAUAUAACUAUAUAUCAAUACGGAAAAAUGUUUUAUAUUUUUUUUAUAAUAUAGCAAUGUCAAAAGCCCGAAGGAUAAGAAAAAUUUCCGUGUUUACAAGCGGCGGAAAAUUUCCCGUGUUGACAUUGAGUUAUAUCAACACGGCUCUUAGCCAAUCAGCGUUCAGAAUUUACAAAUGCUAUAUUAUAAUUACAUUUCCGACUUUCGGGUGGGGAAUAUUAAAAUAUCUCGGCAAGCAUUUACCCGCCCUUUAAAACGAAAACCACCGUUGAAAUCCACAUAAAACAACCUUUCGAACGGUGGGUCAAAUGCCGUCAUAACACUACACAAACCAAAACAAUCGUGUAUUUACUGACCGCUUGGCUAAACAUUCUGUACUUCAUAUGGAGAAAAAAUUGAAUACCUUCAAACUGACUCUUCAGACUAAGUCAAUGAAAUACUCCUUGUAUUUAAGUGCUUUCGUGUAGAAAGUUUCGUUUGAAUACGGCGGACUAGAAAAUUUAUUUUGAAUUUUUCAGAAUAUCGGGGCGUUACUCGCACGCGCGUGCGACGCGCUAAAAUUGGCCAAUAAUGAACACCGUAGCCCCGAUGCACGUGCAAACACGUUACAUGAAGGGGUAAUAUGACCUUUAGAAUCGAUUUCCGACGUUUCCCGACUGCCAGGAUGUAAACAUCGCAUUGUUUCAGUAUGUCAAGGUGGUCAAGCUGUAUUUCUGGUCGAAGCUCUCGUGUAAAAUUUAGAUAUAUUCUGAAAUUCCCGAAAUAAAAGUUGCAAAUCUGUAGAUACAAACUUGAAAAUAACACUCUAAAUAGUGUCUUGGAUUGUAUGUAAUUCGAACAAGAAUAUUACGAAAAUGAUAGGCUGUCAGGGGCCAACCUAUCCAAAGAGCCUGUUCGCAGGAGAAGUGAACCGUCCACUCUAUAUAACGUUCUAAACCUCUUGUCGACAGCAUAUGGCGACUACUGUUCCAGUAGACGCCAAAAAGCGAUUCUGUUUUGUAUGCAGCACUAAAAACCUGUAUUUUUUAUACUACAUACUGCUCUAUCUAAAGCGUUAAACUGUUAUCCCAAGAAGUCCCGGAAAGACAUUAGUGAGCUUAAGCAAGUGACGUUUUUGACAACACGAACGGCAUGAGUAACGUCAGAAGACUGGAUCAAGGGCUGUGAUUGGUGAAAAACAUCAACUUUACUUCCGGUCGACGUCCGUGUUGUCAAAAACGUCGCUUGCUUAAGCUCACUUAUGUUCAGUUUUACUCACUGACCAUGCAGUGCAGGCUUUACCCCAGGAAGAAACCGAACUACACUCUUCUGAUUAAUCUAGACAGUUUUGGGUCAUUAUUAAUGCGUUAAAUUUUUCAUUCUUAGCGCAAGGAUACUUGGCGAAGCUACAGAAAGUAGUGCAGAAGAAACCAGGUAUGGUAUACUGUAUUUCUGAGUUUUUGAUAUUCCACAACUUUUAUUGAAUGUGAUUUUUCAUUUAAGGCUAAAACCGACAAAUCUUAUAUCCUUAAUGUCUACAUUAUUUCGAGGGCCGAUCAUGCUGUACAAAAUAAUCGGCCGAUUGAUCGCCACCUGACGAUUGUCGUUUUUUGCUAGUCACCAGUCCCGUAUAGAUGACUGUGCAGUAGGUUAAAUUGGUUUAUUUGCCUUUAUUUCCUCCUUAUUAAACAACAGAAGUGUUUUGUAGAAUCUUUGAGAAUAAACCACAAGGUAUAAUCAUCGAAGUUCUACAUUGAAAAAAUAGAGGAUGCGUAGCCAGGUUGAAACAUAAUUUAAUUAUUGAACGUUCUCUGACUAAAUAUUUAUUUCUACGAGCUUUCGGCUAUCAGUCUAUAGCCUUCGACGGGUGUAAACAAAUGAUUCUAUAAAGGACGCUAAACUUAAGUAGGUGGUAUGAAAUAUGAGACUAUCUAUGCUAUGUUACAAAUGAGGAAUAUAAAUAUUUAAUUAAUGUUUCUUGAGUUCCUUUCUUAAAAGUAUUGUGUAUUGUGCUGAGAAUACCUAGAAUACUGAGAAUACCGAGAAUACCUACCGUAAGCUACACUCAAGUGACGCAAUUUCUCCGGCCAUCAGAGGCUCCAUCAAGCAUCACAAAGUAGGUUACCCACUUAGACCUAUAGUUACAUGUAUCGACUCAGCUCCUUACAAAAAUCCUUUCUCCACUACAAAACAAAAACGACUUCUCAGUAGCUAACUCACUCAAUUCAAAAACGAAAUUUCCAACAUUACCAUAGACGAAGACGAAUCUAUGAUUUCAUUUGACGUCGUUUCCCUUUUUACAAUCAUUCCUGUUGAUAAAGCGUGCAAAUAUAUUAGAACGAAAUUAGAAAACGAUCCGACACUUCCGGACAGAACUCAACUUGACAUUGACGACAUUAUUCGACUUUUAUCUUUUGUUUUAUCUAACAGUUUUUUCGUUUAUAACAACACCACCUACAAACAAAUUCAUGGAUGUGCCAUGGGCAGCCCCGUUAGCGCGAUUGUUGCUAACUUGUGCAUGGAAGUGAUAGAAGAACAGGCCAUCCGAGACGCAACUUCACCACCUAAAGUUUGGAAACGUUUUGUAGACGAUUGUUUUUCCAUAAUAAAAAAGACUAACAUAUCAUCUUUUCAUGACACACUAAACUCCAUUGACCCACACAUUCACUUCACUAUCGAAAACGAAAGGGACGGAAAGAUGACACAUUAGUUUCUAGAAACGACGGCUUAAUUUUUAUUGACGUUUACCGCAAACCCACUCACACAGACCGUUACUUAAACUACCUAUCACACCACGACCAAAAGCAUAAAAUUAGUACUGCAACAACACUUAUCAACCGAUCCUUGUCACUUCCUACCACUAACGAAAGCAAAGAAAGAGAACUAAAUCAUGUAACCACAGUCCUGACAUCAAAUGGUUAUCCGAAGAAAUUAAUUUCAGGAUUGAUCAAAAAACAUAAGAACAAAACUGUAGCAAGUCCUGAAGAGUUAGUGCGGUCAUUUUUCGUACUGGUUGAAGGAAAGGCGCCAUCUGCAGGAAUUGCGGUUCUACCAUAUAUCAAAGGACUAACCGAACCUCUAGCCAGAACACUCCAAAAACAUGACAUUAAAGUUUAUAAUAAGCCAAUGAAAACCCUCGAACGCCAACUCCCAUCUGCAAAACAGAAACCACCAACAGAAGAACAAAAGAACGUGGUCUACCAGAUACCGUGUCAAGAUUGUAGUUGGAGCUACAUAGGCGAAACAGGAAGAUCCCUGAAGACGAGAAAGUCCGAACACGUAAGGAAUGUGAAACAAGGCAAGAAGGGGUCGAAUGUCGCGAAACACACAUGGACUCAAGAUUAUAUAAUUGACUUUGCCAAUGCUAAAGUAAUAGACAAGGGAAAUCAUAGGAACCUUAAAACCUUAGAGUCCUGGCACACUGCACUAACAGACGAAGCUGAUAAUAGAUAGCUUAAGAUCUACGACGUCGACGUCAGCUAGGACGUCAGGGCUAAGCAGAGGACUGGGACUAGGAUGUCGUCCUAAAUAAGUAGAUAGCUCAAUAUCUACGAUGUCAAAUAUUUAGGACGGCAAGCGGAAGUAAAUUGGUAAUAGUUUUUGAAGUGUGCAUGUGUCUCAUUCAAUUCGCUCGUCGUCCACCAAACGUCGACAAUCUCACAAUAAGAGUUUUACCGUCGUGGAUACAAGAGCAUAACAAACGGUAAUGGUUCACACGUCUCUUUUAAAUUUAUUUUCAAAAGGAUGUAAAUAUUUAUAGUUUAAAUGUCGACGUCGUGAAUCUUAAGUGGAAGUUUAUUUAUCUAGGACGACGUCCUAGUCCCAGUCCUCUGCUUACCCUGACGUCGUAGCUGACGUCGACGUCUUAGAUCUUGAGCUGUCUAAUAACUCUAAUACGCUUCCAGCACAAUACACAAUACUUUUAAGAAAGGAACUCAAGAAACAUUAAUUAAAUAUUUAUAUUCCUCAUUUGUAACAUAGCAUAGAUACUCUCAUAUUUCAUACCACCUACUUAAGUUUAGCGUCCUUUAUAGAAUCAUUUGUAUACACCCGUCGAAGGCUAUAGACUGAUAGCCGAAAGCUCGUAGAAAUAAAUAUUUAGUCAGAGAACGUUCAAUAAUUAAAAUGAAGUUCUACAUAUCAAAAUUAAUAUUAUGGAAUGAUAAAUUUUAACGUCGGAAUAUGAAGUACAGUAAACAUAAUUCUUCGUACAGCCGAUUAUCGUGCCAUAAUCGGUUGGCUAGCUCGUCUCUAUAUAGUGUUUGCUCCCUGUGGAAAUAUUUUUAUUUUGCCGAGAAUCAGCAAUUUUUCACUUUUUGCCUGGCGAGAUACACUGUACUCACCUAAAACCACGUGACCAAAAAUCAGCCAACCACACGUGCCAUAUAACAAUUCUGUUUCAUUUUACAGUCCUCCAAUAAAAGUAAACACAGAGGAAAAACUACCAGACAACAUUAUUCGACAACCAAGGUUAGUAUAACGACCUGGGCCGCUGGGCGUCAGCUCACUUACACGUGUAAAAAAUAUAGUUACACGUAAACUACACACGCAAAAAUGCACAGCCUGUAACAAGCCUGCAAACAAGUUGUUACAAGUCUGUUCACAAGCUGUCAACAAGUUGUCUUCGCACUGCUUGUCCCAGUUUGUUGUAACAAGUUUGAAACAAGCUGUUAACAACUUGUAACAUGCUUGAUGGCAUUAUCAGCCUUGUUACAAGACUGUGCUAACAAGUUUGUUACAGCCAUGAUAUAACAAGGAUGUUACAAGGUCGUCAACACAAGGUUGUAACAAUCUUGUUAUAUCAAGCAUGUAUAACGGACUUGUUGGAACAACCUUGCAACAAGUCUGAUAAUUUCGACAAGGUUGUUACAAGUUGUCGACAAGUUGUUACAAUUGACAACUUGGGACAAGCAGUGCGAAUACAUCUUGUUGACAGCUUUUUGGCAGACUUGUUACAAGAUGUGAGAUUUUUGCGUGUGUACGUCAAGUGUUCCACUUUUGAGUUCCUAACUUUAUUGCAAUCUUCCUCAUUACCUUUGCAAAUUUGAAAAACUCCCUUGUAAAUUCCUUGAGGGAAUUUGCAAUGUUCCAAUUGAGGAAAUUUGCAAUGGUCCUGAAUUUUCCUCAGUUCCUGUAGAAGUUCUUAAUAACUUCUUAUUCUGUUAUGUUCGUUGGUAUUGGCUAACAAAAAAAUCCACCAAUGGUAACGCUCAGAACAGAACAGGAAGUCGGGAAUUUAAAACAGGAAGUUAGGAAAAUUUAAAAGGAAGUUUCUCUGCAUUGGAAUACUGCAACAGCCGAUAAGAACAUAAAUUGGAAAUUCCCUCAAGGGAUUUGCUAAAUUUGGAAAGGUAAUGAGGAAAAUUGCAAUCAAGUUAGGAACGCAAAGGUUUUAUCGUGGUAGUCUUUCGCGGCGAAUUUUUAAAAUUUUUUCGUUUACCAAUCACUUUGCGGAAAUUCGUGUCGAAAACCGGAUUAAACGUACAUUUAAGGUAUUUUUACAGGCUGCAAUUUAUCGUGCACGAUUCGUAUUCUGGCGUAUGAAAAUUGCUGUCGCCACGGCAAUUCCUCUUCAUUUAGUUUAUGGCGAAAUUUGAAAUGCAAACACUUCACGUGUGCUUAUUCGAUUACAUACGCCAGAAUAAGAAUCGUACAAGACAAAUCGCAGCGUGUAAACCAGCGCCUUGGUAUAAACGUAGCUUUACACGCCGUGAUAUGUUGGGCCGAUGUCAUUUCCACGAAUCAGAUUACAGGAAAAGCAAUAGCGACUCACCCAUUUCUAAUAAUAAGGAAUGACUGAGACUGAACCUCUAACUCCUUAAGCCCGGCGCACACUAGUGCAAGUUGCACGCAUACGUAUCAUUCGUGACCAAUUACGUGCGACAAAAAUACUAGUGUGCGGGGAAAAUAUUCAGGAUUUUUAUUAUUAUUAUUAUUAUUAAAGGUUUAUUAAGAAACACAUUUUGGCACCCGAAGGUGAAUUGCAAUAUGCUUACAGAAACAUAAUAAAGGAUGAAUAUCAAAUAAUAUAAAUAUAGAUAUAUCGUAUAUAUGUACAGUUGUUAAAAUACUACAAAUUAUUUACUAUUAAAAUUAGCAGUCAUUGCUGGUAUAAAACUAGUUUUAAAACGUUCCGUUCUGAAUGUGAAGUUAGAAUUGUUUCUUAAGUCCAGUUCAUGCGAUUCUUCACGGAGUGGGGGUAAGAGGUGGUUGAGGUGAGCAUCGGGUUUUAAGAUCUUUUUGAAAGUUUUAGCACAUAGCUCUUGACGUCUGUCGACAAGGCGCUUGCAUUUAGCGAUGUUGAGAGCAUCUUCGUAAUCUGUUGUCGGAUAAAUAAUACGGACAGCUCUUUUUUGAACUUUUUCAAUUUUAUCCCCCAAACACUUUGGUAACAUGGUGUGCCAGACAGGACAGGCAUAUUCUAAGAUAGAGCGCACCAUAGAAAAGUAGACUAAUAAGAGGUCAUUGGGGGGAAGACCACAGCGCUGUAGGACACGAAUAAUGUAUAAGCGUUUUGAGGCUUUUUUAACUAACGCUUCAGUGUUAUCUUGCCAUUUCAAUUUAUUGUUCAAUUUUUGGCACUCGUGUCGCGAACAACAAAUAUCAAACGCAUGUUUGAUAUUUUCUGUCAUUCGUGACAAAAAUCCUAGUGUGCGGCAAACAGCUCGUCUCAACUUUUGGCAGCAAAGAAGUGCGCAUGCGUGAUAUUCCCCAAAACAACAUGCGCACUUCUUUGCUGCCAAAAGUUGAGACGAGCCGUUUGCCGCACACUAGGAAUUUUUGUCACGAAUGACAGAAAAUAUCAAACAUGUUUGAUAUUUGUUGUUCACUACACGAGUGACAAAAAUCCUGAAUAUUUUCCCCACUAGGAUUGUUGUCGCACGUAAUUGGUCACGAAUGAUACGUAUGCGUGCAACUUGCACCAUAGUGUGCGCCGGGCUUAAGGCUCGUGUAAGAAUUAUCCUGUAUAAAAAACAUCUACUUGCAAACAUUCCUCACUUACAUUACAUCUACUUAAAGAUAUGUAUUUUUAACAUAGGGGACCCGACGGAACCCAUGGUUUUGCUUUAAAACGAUGACAAAUGGCAGAGAAAAUCGAAGCAAACAUGAUCCAAGACCCAAACUAAACCUGUUUUGGGGACUUUUAAAAUGACUCAGAUGUCCAACUCCUGUCAUUUCCGGCCACGUCUGUCUGGUUAAGCCAAAAGUCAAGCACUGAGAACGGAAAUAUCGCAACCGUGAAAAAGGCAUUCGGGAAAAAGUUAGAGAGAUGGUCUUGGCAAACACAACCUGUGAUGAAGGAUGGUGUAAGAUUACAAAGGUAUGAUGGAUCCAAGGGUAUAUGGUGAUUGCAAUUGCAAAAGAUUUCAUCCGUUAUACAGCGUCAGCUUAUUAACCAGAGAUGGAGAUUCAAUAGUAUACGGCUUUGCCAACUUAACCUUUCUCGAUCUGCAAGGAACUUUUACGGAGUGAUAUAGAAAUUAAUUUAAAACUUCAUAGAAUUUUUUACUUAGUAAAUGACUUUUGGAUAUGAAGGGUUGGCAAACUACAAAACAUUGCUGCAUAAACAUCUAAAUCGUGAUAUUUUCUCAAAUGCAAGCGUGGUAGUAGCGAAGUAGUUGUAGUUCGAUACGUAAUCGUUGCGAUUCUUGAGAACUACAAAAGUUUUGUGGUCAACCCACCCUCACUCAAAUGUUCUCCUGUUUUGCAUUUGUUUCCAGGAAACUUGAGGAUUCUAUAAAAAUUAUUUUAUAUUUUCCAUAUUUUAUGUACUUUUAACUCUAUGCUAUCACUAUCAAAUAAAUGACUUAUAUUGUAUAAAACAUGUUGUAAGGUAGAUUGUUCUCAUUCAUAUAUUCCUACUUUGUAAAUAACUAGGAAAAAAACCCCUGAAAUUAAAAGGAAAUUAAAAGGGCAGGGUCACGGCGCUGAUAGGCUAAAAUAAACGGCGUAAAGAAACGUUCAAAAUUAAUGCUACAUGAUUGGAAAAGAUGCAGCAGCCUUCAAUUUUUAAAACAAAGCAAGGAUGUCCUGCAUAACGAAGGGAUUAUAAAUAGUAUAUCGUAUUUCACUCCUAACUUGAUUAAUUGUUGGAAGACAGUUUUUCAAGUGGAACCGUGACACUGCCCCUUUGAUGCACAGUAUUACUAUAGCUUACAUGCAUGCCCUUAUCACACAGCAAUGAAUUUGAUUAAAUUUCUAUGAAUUAAAUUGUAUAUCAAUCUAAUAGUUGGCGUUUAAGACGUGUUUUUAGUCUAAAAUUUUCUGUAGGUGAUAGAGGUAUAAAAUAAAGAUAAUAGAUGAGUAGUGGAUAGAUAAGUCGAUAAAUGAAAAAAACUAUGGACGAUAGAUAAUACAGGUGAUAGAUGGAUAGACUAGACGACAAACAGGCUAUAAAUUAGACCAUAUAUGAUAGGCGAAUAGACAAUAUAGAUGAUGGACGAAUAGACUAUACAUGAUAGAUUAAUAAACUUUAGUACACACUCAACCAGGGCCUAUUGCAAAUCUAGCAUUUUGAUUGGCUAAGUCGACCAGGGACCAUUACGUACACAGUUGAGAAAAAAGAUGGCGGAAAACGUUCGUUUUGCAAAGGUCUCGGGGGAAAUUUUGUAGAAAAUCCUUUCCCCCAAGAACAAAAGACUACAAAAUAUGAUCCGAAGACGUUUGAUGGUAGGGAGCAAAAUUUAAACCGUAUUUUAAUAGUAAAUCUGCUGUUACUUGAAAUGUAUUGUUGAUCGAAUGCCCUUAAGCCCUGGGCAAACUAGGAAACAAUGUUUCCUGCCAACGUUUCGCCAUGUUUCCCAAGGUGGGCAAAACUAGGAAACAAUGUUUCCGCAACAAAAAUCGCACUUGCGAAACAUGAAAUGUUUCUGAAUUCGAAAUGUUUCUGAAUUCGAUAGGAAACAUUUCUGCUUCUCGGGAAGAAAAUUGUGUUUCUGCAACUAUGUUUCCACGGGUGGGCAAACACAGAAACAUUUAAAGAAACAUGGGGAAUCACAAUGUUUCCGCAACAAUGUUUCCUAGUUUGCCCAAGGCUUUAUAAUUCAAGCUGCGCCUUUGUCGAAUAUUCGUCCAUGGACAACUCGGCAAUAGAUAAUAGAUAGAUGAACAGAGUAUAUAUAGUCUAUAGAUGAUUGACAAAUAGACUAUAGAUGAUUGAUGGAUAGAGUAUACCGUAGAUGAAGAGAAUAUAGAUGAUAUAGAUAAUAGACUAUAGAUCAUAGAUGAAUAAAUUAUAAAUGGAUAGAUGAUAGGAUGAAGAGACGAUAGAUGACAGAUGAAUUGACUAUAGAUGAUAGAAUAUAUUGAUGACAGAUGAAAACCCCACGCAUUUCCAUAUAGAUUUUUGAUAUGGUAUUAACCAGACAUUUUCCGGAAUAUACUUUCCCUUGUUAAGCUUAGAAAAUACAACUCUAAUGACACAAUCCUAGCUACGUUUUUCACGUAUAUUAGUUUGUGUUCGGCAGUCUAGCGCAUCUAGUAGUUUUGUUUGGACAACCACGAGCGCGUAGUGUCAUAUUAUGUGUGGCCAACUUCACCGCUUUCCUUUGCCUGGGUGAUUUUCUUCCAGGGGAUGUUUUUCGUACCGGAGUAACAAACGAUAUAGGGCUGUCUGUUGGUGAUUGGUGUGGCGUGCUGAGCUUCGCAGAUCUAGGAAUUGACAAAAUAUUGGUUAAAAAUAUUGCUUAAUUAUGAUUUGCAUUA